CACAUCAAUGGAAGUGCGCUAACGGUAUUUCAACAAGUGACCUACUCUCCAAGUCAUUCUUUCUCACUUCGUGGAGUCAGAUGAUGAUUUUAAAGCCUUUCUCUAUCUUUCUCCUUGUCUUUCCACGGUCAAGUGAGUGUGCAUGACCACUGUUUUACUUGGAGGCUUGAAGCUAGAACUCGAUGUGUAUACACUUUUUCCUCUUCUUCGGCUCAUUUUUCUCUCUCGUCUCCUCGCGCUCUCAACCAUGAGACGGUCGAUUAUAUCCGCAGUAAUGAAAGCGCCCUCACAUGUUGAAGAAGUGCUCUUGUUGGCCCGAGGAUUCCCGGUCGUCAUAGAUUCACUCAACGACAUCCUUGACGUGCGCAUCCUUAAAAAAAAUAACAUUUAUUUAACUUUUUCUUUAGUUUCAAAAGAAAGAAAAUAAGUUCACCUCUCAAUUAUCAAUUAUUAAUCAUUUUAAUUCAAAAUAUCGUAAAUUGUCUUAUUCAUUAGUUGAACUUUAAAGUCAUGAGUGCACUUAGUUAUAUCAUUCUUCAGGUGAUGGCUGUUCAGCUUGUUAAAUGCCAGUUUAGUGGAGGAGGAGGACCAAGUACCUUUGGUUACGAUGCAUCUUCAGCGUGCACCAAACCAUACUCAAGAGUCUCAAGAGCACACUUUGAAAAACUUCCAUGUGAUUUUCAACGGCAAAACUGGUGUACGGUUGCCGGAAGAUUUUAUCCUUGGCAAGCUGUCAGACGAUUUGUUCAAGAGAAUCAAGGUUUAAUGCGUCGAAUGUACGGAGAUGAGAGGCACAUUAAUGUUCUUACAGAUGAAUUAGAAAAGAAUGAUAUUGAUGUAGAAUUUGAUGGUGGAUUUCAAAGAUACUUCAAUUCUCCUCGAAGUUUCUUAUUUAAUAAUGACUACAAGUUUGAUGAGGAUGAAUUUCGACGAUCAAGACACGAAUAUCAGAGUCGGGGAUUUAGUAAUAAAUUACCAAAGUUGAGAGAUUUGACAAAAUCAUAUUCAGAAUUCAGUGGAAUUUCUUCUACUUCUCCUUCUUCAUUGUCUUCUUCAACGCCCAAAUCUUCUCUACCUUCUCAAACUUCGACACCAUUGCCUUUUUCGGAUAUUUCAGCUACAAUUAACCGAGAUGUAACGACGAAAUUAUUUCAACUAAACAGUUCAACAGAAUUACCUUUGAAAAAUUCAAGUAAAACUCAAGAAAUCCCUAGGGAAAAGAUUCGUACAACUUUGCCAAUGACUUUAUCAGAAAUAGCCCGAGUAAAAAAUUCAAGUUUGUCAAAUGAAAUUCCUGGUUAUUCCGAACAAAAGGGGAAUGCAUCAAAUGCUACUAGUGAACCAUUGGGUGUAAAGCCCAUAGAAGAGUCGACUUUGAAUCCUGAAGAAUUUCCUGCAACUUCAACACCAAUUAAGGAACAAUUUGACUUAACUACAGAGGGAUUAAAAGACACAUCUAUUAGUGAACUAAGUCAAGAGGCAUUUAGACCUCGACCGGAAUAUAGUUCUACAACUAAACCAGAAAGUUCUGGUAUUGGAGGUCAAUUAUUUCAGGAUGUAGUAAAAGAUCAGACUGAACAACCAGUUCUUAAGCUUCGAGGAAUAAAUGCAUGUCCAGUCAAGGAAGAAGUUGUGGCCCCUUUUUGGGCUAAUAAUACACGCGGAGAACUUUUGGCCCUAUUAAAUCUUUAUCCUUUUGAACAGUAUGUCCAUUGGGAAAAAUGCACCCAUGAGAAAAAGCAAAUGUACUGUAGGGAAGGCUGCAGGUGUGAACAGCAAUAUCGGCUGCAUCGUCUACUUGCUUACGACCCCAACAAUGAAUGCCGGGGGAUAUUCAGUGACUGGUUUAAAUUUCCCAGUUGUUGUGUAUGUCGAUGCUAUGAUUUACCCGUUGAAUUUCGUGUAACAUCUCGUUCCCCACGGGCUCAAAGACAAAAAAUUAAAUUACGACCUCCUGGGGAUCAAUAAACUAAUCAAUACUCGAAUUACAUAAUUUAUUGCUCAGAUAAACCCAUUUUUUAAUUACAACAUGCACAAAAAAUAUUAUUAAUAAUAACACAAUUAUUAAUUUGUAUCUACUGUGCAUUCUGAA